CGUAUUGUAUUUCUACCUCCUCUGAGCAAUCUGCUGCUUACCGCGAGGCCGCGAGGGCUACUCUCAGUUGCGUACUUGCGUUGGUGAUAGGGCAGCGCUCGCUCAAGUCAACAGCGCGAGCUGCGCCGCUAGAUCCCUUCGCGUAUAGAUACGCAGGUCGGCCUGAUUCGAUUGCCCUCGCGAGAAGGGGGUGGUAUGCCCAUGGAGAGCGGGAGGAGGCAGGGGGUGGUGGUGGCGAUCGAGUGCGUGGCGGGCGGGUCGCGGGCGGAGGAGUGGGGGCCCGGGAGCAGCGAGACGGUGCAGACGGGGGACGUCGUGGAGGAGCUGCUCAUCGGGGUCGGCGGCCGGGGCGGGCCCGCCGCGCACGCCUCACCCUUCAAGGGCGGACGCGCGGCGCUGCAGAAGCUGCUGCACGCCGCGUACAAGCGCGGGGACACGUCCGUCGAGGUGCGCGUGCGGCGCCCCGCGCAAGGCCAGCAGAUAGUCGCCGCCGACGAGGAGCUGCUGGCGGCCGCGUUAACCACCGCCAGGAUGCAAGCCUGCAUCGUGCCGCAGGAGGCUGCCGUUGGCGGGAUCGGCCGCAGCCGGCAGUACGUUCUCCGUUCGAUCCGCGACCCCAACUACGCCGUCGGCCUCGUCGACCGCAUGGAGAGCGAGUGCAUCGCCAUCCGAGGGUCGAGGAGCUCGAGGGUGGUGUGCGCCCUGAGCAAGGCGCAGUUGCAGGACGGCUACGUGCCCUACCCGUGGGAGAAGAAGAUGAGGCAAGCGCUCCCGAUCCCCAACUCCAGCAGCUUCCUCUCCAUGCUCAUCCUGCCCAAGGCGCUCGACCGCGCCGGCUCCCGCUACAACUCCGUCGAGGACACCCUGGCCCGCGCCAACGCCUGGAUCCUCUCGUUGCAGGCGACCGGUGUGCCCAUCGUGUUCUUGAACGUUCAGACCGAGGCCCUCCUCACCAAGAUCUCUGGCGAGACGGCCUCCGCGACGGUCAACGCGGGGUCACUGGCCGACCUCCCGAACCUCGCCAACGCCAGCCUUUACGGGUUCGAGGACUAUCACGGCGUGGACAUCGGCGUGGUGAAGGCGGUGCGCGUUUGGUACACGGCCGCCGCGGGGGAAAUGCCGGUGGAGAUCACCCUCGAGGAGGGCGACACCAGGCUCGGCUUCGACAUUAGCCGCACCGAGGAGGGUUUCAUCUACAUAUCGUCCGUCAUGGAGAACGACGGCGACCGCCACGCACCGUCGACGCGGUCCGGGCUCCGGGACCUCUACCGGGAGGCGAAGCGCGCGUCCAAGCUGCUGGUCAUCUCUAGGGUAUCGGGCCGAAAGGUCCUGCCAUGGAUGGUGUCGACGUCCGGCGCAAUCCGGUGCUUCGACACCGUGUCCCUCAGCCAGAAGCUAUCCCUGCACCGGCACGCCCUGCGCCCGAUCCUGCUCCACGUGCUCAUGUGGAACGGCAACUCCGCGCCGACUCACCCUGGGCGCGAACCCUGCCAGCUGCCGCUGCCGUCGCCGGCGUUUGCCGAGCUGCCGCAGCAGAAUUCGUUCGCGUGCGUCGAGCAGCCGGUGCAGACAGGAGAACCCGGGUUCAUGCAUGAGAGGGACACCGCAGGGGACGCAUCCUUCAGGUUCCAUAAUUUCUCGCUGCCGAACAACUGGGUCUGACGAAAGUACGUUGCACGAGCUUGCACGUCCCAGUGGAUCGCUGUACAUAUGCAUAGGCGUGUAGCCUAUUGCUUGAAGUGUAAUUUUGGUCGAUGAACAUUCUUAUGUUUUAGCUCAACUUUAGACACUACAGUUUGCAUUAGGAGAAUAACAAUUCACAGUGGAUUCUAAGGACAGCAGGCGAUACCACUGGCACACUCCAUGUGCAACAGUGCAAGUUAAAGAGAUAUUUUUUUCUUUUCUUU